AUGAGAGAUCGGACCGUCAUCAGAAUCGAAAAUUACACCAUAUACUACGGCGAUGAUGAUGAGAACAAAGUAGGUGGCUGCGUGAUAGAUGUGAAGAACGAUUACAAGAAACUUGUUGAGGAAUUUGGCUCAACGUCGUCUAGAUGCGCCUUUCCACAACUGCGGGAUCGCAGAGGACGUGAACUCUUGAUCAUAAGUGCUCACGCACCUACGGAAACCGCUGAGGAUAAGCCAGCAGGUAGUCAUUGUCGGAAUCGACGUAAAUGCGAAGAUGAGACUCGAACAGCGAUCCGAUGUGCUAGGAAAAUGGUAUUACCCAGCGGAGCGCAAGUCGGACAACGGUGA